AUGUCCAUACUUUUAAACUCCGAAACCGGUGAAACGGACCAUAUAUAUCAACACCGCUGCUCAAUAAAACGUCAAAUUUUUGACAGAGAAACCGGUGAGCCUCUAAACGGCACAAAAGUAAAGAUUCGGUACGUCAAACAUGACAAUUUUCAAAUUCCCAAACAAUACCUACGAGGCACCAAUACCGAGGAAAUCGACAAAACAAUGACCAGUCUCUACCAUGGCGAGUAUCCUCAAAUGGAUAUUCAUGUAAAGCCGAUUCCCACUGAAAACAAACCUGCCGAGAAGUGUAACAAACAAUAUAAAAAGGAAGAUUUCAUAAAUAUGGAUGGCGUGAAAAAUGAUAUUCUCUUGGGCUAUAGCAAGGAGACGUAUCUACUGUUUCUCAUACCAACAAUAAUUUGCUUCAAAUUCACUUUCUGGUUACUUGCGAUUGAGGGAUUUUUACACUACUGGGCACACAAGAAGAACUCAUUGAACCCGAGCAAAUUAUUCUACUUCCGCAGUCCGUUGAAUUUGUUGACAUCUCAAUUUUGUGCGCUUUGUCGUUGUGAGAGUGAAAUGAACAUCGAAAUAUUUCAAACGCUAAAUAAGCAAAUGCGCGAAGCCAGCCAAUCGAAGACCCUCAAAGAUGUGAGCAAGGUUAUAAGCUAAGCUUUUGGAUUUGUCUUGUCUUUUAAAGCUCGAUUUUUAAUAAAGUAAAAA